CCUUCUUUGCCUCUUGGAAGCAACGGCCGGCCACCUCCCGCUUAUCUUGCCCGUCGACUGCACUAAUCGCACCGAGCUCUUUUCAUCACCACAUUCUCUCGCGCCUUAUUAUUUUCCUCCCCGGACCAACGCUCCUUGCUCAUCUCACCUCACAUAGCGCACACCCUGUCGCUUUCAAACCGCCAGGCUUUCGCUUUCACUCUGUGCGCCUUCGUCUGCUUCUUCUCUGCCAAAACCAACACAUCUGCCUGCCCUUCAACAGCCGGAUCGCCUCCCCCUUUCCAGGAAUCACAGCAACGCAUCGGCAUCGCAUCGCUAUUACACUGUAUCUCUUUCGGGCCUGCCGCAAUUCAAUCCCACCUGCUCCCGUCGAACACCUUGCCGUGCUGUCCUUCGGCCAAACUCUGCAAACCUUUGUUUCCUUCCUAGGUAUUUCUUGGAGCUCAGACGCCACAGCCACAGCGAAUCUGCGCUCGCAUAUCCUGUGACCAGCACCGCUGUCGAAACAUUUCAACUCAGCUACGAAACCACCCCUUCCCUCCAUCCGGCUUCUAGAUUUUGGAUUUAUCUCGACCUGCCGCCCAAUCUGAGUACCCGUCGCUAUCCCAGUCCUGCGACUUUAGCUGCGCGAGACACUAGAGGCACCGUGCUCUGCAGACAGACGAAAAAGAAAACUGCGCGCGCCGGACGCCUCACGCCGCCCGCUAGCGCAAGGAAUACAGCUCGACGGGGGAAAAACCCACUACAGUCAGACCUUUGUUUUCCCUCCGCACUUGGUCCAGCAGAAGUGACAGGGCCCGGGUUGAACCCCAAGGAACAGUCUGCCAGACAUACGAGCCACUUCAAUUCGGGGGUCCCCUUCCCCUCAAGACGCUUGACACUGGGUAUCCCUCUUCUACCCCAUCCUGAUCUACCGCCAAACACUCGACAAUACACAACAACGCUGCUCAACAGAUCAUCGCGCAGAGCACCGCAAUCCGAUGAAAAGCUCCCACGUUACCCUGCACACCCUCAACGCAUAAUAACGUUUCACACGUCCCUGUUCUCGCAUUCGCCCAAAGUCCUGGGAUCGAAGUAAACCCUCGGGCCAGCUCCCCCGUCUACGCUUGCGGUCUUCGGACGAAUACAACCUACGCAGAGAGGUCCCUUAUCGACGUAAUUAAACAACCCUCCCGACGACCACCCCUUUCUACCCUCCGAGUUCAUGGACCGACCGAUUCCUCAACUGCCCCCGACAAUCUAGAAGGCUUUCUGCCCCCAGUCGGGUUUCUGGCUUCUCGGAGACCACUCCGCUUGCUUCUCAAUCGUUCAACCAAAUGGCAACGCUCCCGCGACCAGCAAGGCCGUCCAACGGUCCGCCCGCCAUGGCUCUGCCCGCUCUUCCUGUCGCCAAGACGAGGAAAAGCACUGGAGGCAUACCUACAUCGGCCUCAAAAUCCAGCCUGGCCACCCCAAACUCCAAGAGCGGCCUCAGGGCCCCUUCCGCUGGCUUCCUCCCCCCCACGACCCCUGCAUCAGCAUCCACACUCCCGCAACCGCGUACAGUCUCUGCCAUGAGCAAUUCCUCGGUCCGGACGUUGCGCAAGACAGUGAGCAUCAACUCGUUUCCCCAGCCUCCCCGGGGCGACACCCGCGUCAACAGUCUACCCCCGAGUCCAUUGCGUGCCGACUCCUCAUGGAACUCCACUCGCAAAUCAAAGGGCUCUGCGGCAUUGACGUAUUCGCAGAGCAAUGGCGCGCCGAGUCUGCUCAACAACAGCGCCGAGGGGAAGUCGAUAUCAAGCGCUAGCGUCCGCAUGUCCGACGGCCUUAUCAGUAUCUCUUCCCCGCCACAGAGCAGGAGCUCCUCGGCUCAGGAUUCCUAUUCAACUUCUGCGACGACGUAUGAUGACCCUGUCGAUGGAAUGGCGUCGAAAUCAACAUCUGACAGCACCAGUGACAAAAGAGGCUCCAAGCUAGACGGCAAGGGGAAUGUUUUGGUUAGUGUCAGAGUACGACCAGAUGCAAGUGGGAACGAAAAUACAAAGGCCGAGGGCGAGUGGAUGGUUGACGGACGCAAGUCUCUGGUUGCUUACAGAGGCAAAGAAGGCGGCGAUUACGUCUACGAUAACGUUUUCACGACGCACGACGACAACAGCCGAGUCUAUGACUGCAUAGCAAAGCGAUUAGUCCGCCGCGUCAUGGAAGGCUACCACGGAACCGUUUUUGCCUACGGCAUGACUGGCACCGGAAAGACGUUUUCAAUGCAAGGGACAGCUUCUUCGCCAGGUGUCAUUCCCCUUGCCAUCACCGACAUCUUUUCCUACAUCAGGGAGACGCCGUCUCGCGAGUUUCUACUUCGUGUCAGCUACCUGGAAAUAUACAACGAAAAGAUUCACGACUUGCUGAGCAUGUCAACCGGCAACCCUGCCGGAGCCGGCGGACAAGAAGAAAUCAAGCUGCGCGAAGACAGCAAGCGCGGUGUUUAUGCCAGUCCAUUGAAGGAAGAAAUUGUUCAGAGUCCAACACAGCUUCUGAGGGUAAUCGCCCGCGGAGACCAAGCGCGCAGGACAGCAAGCACCCAAUUCAAUGCGAGGAGCUCCCGAAGUCACGCAGUGGUCCAAAUAGUGGUGGAAAGCCGGGAGCGGAUACCGGGAAACGCGGGCACCGGCGAAAGCAAACGAUCAGGGAUGCUGCCUGGUGGCGUCCGCGUGUCGACCCUGAGCUUGAUUGAUCUCGCUGGAUCCGAGAAGGCGGCCGAAUCCAAGGAGCGACGGACAGAGGGCUCGCACAUCAACAAGAGUUUACUUACCUUGGGCACUGUCAUCUCCAAACUCUCCGAGCACAAAGACAAGGACGGAAAAGCCGCCGAUAAGGAUGGCAAGCACCUGCCGUACCGAGACAGCAAGUUGACCCGACUUUUACAAGGGGCUCUAUCGGGCGGCUCGCUUGUGAGCAUCUUGUGCACCAUCCAGAUCGGCGCAGCUGGUAGCGCUGCCUCUUCCAACUCCCACACGUCCGAAACCAUCAACACUCUCAAGUUCGCGUCCCGAGCCAAGAACAACAUUGUCAGCCACGCCAAAAAGGCGGAAGAGGCUCUCGGAAGCGGAGGGGAUGGCGGCGCCAGAGUCCUAUUGGAGCGGUAUCGCAUGGAGAUUCUGGAGCUGAGACAACAACUCGACAUGCAGGCCAAGGAGAAGAAGUCCAAGUACGCCGACGAAGAAAGAGAGCGAGAUGCUCUUGAGGAGAAGGCCCGUGAACUAGAGGCCGAGCACCGGCACGAAGAGCAAAUGCUUGAAAUGCAGCUGGCUCGAACGGCACUCAAGGAACGGAUUGAUCACCUUAACCGUCUGAUCUUGAGUUCCAAAUCAAUUGGCGUCAAUGCCAGCGGAUCCUACAGUGCUCUGGGCAUACACCCUCGGUCUUCCAUGGCUUCGGUACGAUCACUGGCUACCCCGAACAGCGGCAGGCCAAUGCUCGAAAGGACAGCAUCCAUGACGUCGGCUUCUUCAACCAUUGGUCGCCGGUCAAGUGGUCGGUCGAGCGGAGGCCAGCGCCGGUCCAGUGGCGAAGCAGAUGCAGUGACGGACGACGACAGCAUCGGCGAGUUCGGAGAUGGCAGUGCCUCCCUGACGGCCCAGAACCGCGCGUUACAGGCCGACUUGGCAGACAAGACAAGAUAUAUCCAGACUUUGGAGAAGCGGCUGAUGCAGGCACGAAGGGCCAGUUCUUCAAGAACAUCUGUCGGCUUCUCCGCCCCGAACAAGGCCAUCAUGGUCGGGGAAGACCACAGUGUGUCGACGGUGUUGAGGGAGAAGGAUGCCGAGAUUGCCGAGCUGAAAGCGCGACUUGACGAUAAGGAUCGCAUGUUGGCUGCGCUGCGCUCGGCAGCUCGAUCUCGAGAUACGGCGGAGGGACAUAUGGAUGGCAGGACGUCUUCUCUAUAUGAACACAGCCCUCCACCAACGAUGAGCCCGCCACCAGCACCAUCAAACUCUUCGACCAACGUCCGCAACCCCACCAAGAAUGUUGACGAGAUGAGCAAGAUUCUAGACGAGAUGAUUCAAGACCACGUCGAGACCGGCCAUCUGGUUAAAGGGGCGAGGGGCAGCAUCCGCGUCGUCAAUGACCGCAAGCUUGAGGUGCACCCGGAACUGCCGGUGAGACUCGAGCCGCUCAGGAAGACUGCAUCAUUUGACGAGACCGGCAAGGUGUCAGUGAUGGGUAUGUGAGACGCUAUUUUGGGGGACUUGUCAGCUUUCAUUGUUCAUAUGGACUGUGCAGAGGGGACGAGUGAUGCGGUAUCGGUAUAAGUCCCCUCAUAGGGGCCAGGAAAGGCGUUUGGGAAGGGUCGACAGUGACCUGAUUUUGGUUUUCUUCUUAUACCCGACACUUAUACUUCGCCAUGGUUAUCGGUUGAGAAGGUGGCCGCGGCCAUUGCCUCGUUCGGCCAUCAGCCAUACCCGUCGGCCUGUUUUAUUAGCGUAUUGAUACGUCGAGGAGGGAGGAACGAGUAGAGGCCUCAGUCACGAUUAUUACGUACACCCUCGGUGCACCGAAGCUCGGGUCAUUGGCAAAAACGGGGAUUUUAGUGAAUGGCAGGAAAAGCGAUUAGGUCUGUCUGCCAGAGGCUAUUAAUUUGGGGCAUAUAAUGCGAUGGCUCAUGUACCUAUAUCAAGAAGCAGGGCUGGUCAGCUGGCUAGUUACGGAUGACCGGCGAUGAAAUCCAAGAAGACAGAAGACUAU